AUGGAUAGCAGGAUAUACGAGAUAAUCAAAAGGAAUGGAGACUUGGAAGAGCAGAUAGACAAGAUAUUAAGCGUUGUGAAUCCUUUGGGCAUCUCCGAGGUGAUAGCAUAUCUACUGAAGAGGACGAUGGACAUGUUCAGAGGAAAUCCUUCCUUUCAUAGAUAUCUGCUUAAUAGAAUGCCGUCUGAGCUUAUUACAAAAUUUGCUCCUGGCCUCUUGUCGUUUUACUUCUGUCUUCUCAAGGACCACAAGAUCAAGAACAUAGUAGUAAAGGCAGCAGUGGAGUCCAUAAUGUAUGUAUUAGGGUCUGUGCCAGGACUAGAUGGCAAUUCAGAGAAGAAGAUACACGAGUUCUUCUAUUUCCACAAGAGCCCGGAGUUUGAAAGCAUCUACAAGAUAUGUGCUCAGAAGUUUAGGACGAGGAGAAAGGUGUUUUUUAUUUCCGAGCUUCUUCUUCUUGGGAGCCCACUUGAGGACAAUGAUUACGAUGCGGUAAAUGAUAAUAUUGAGGAGAUAUUUUCGCCGGAUCUGGUCAGGAAGCUUUUAGACCAAGGAAAAUAUAGAAACAACGAAGAGAUAUUUAGCAAGCUUGUAUGUAUGUACAGAAAAGGAGAGGAUGUGUCUGAUAUAAUAUCCAGGAUCCAAGAGGGAUACAGUGUUAAGGACGGCGUGGUGGAAUUGUAUCCUGUGAAUGAGGAGACGACCGGGAAUGUCCUACAAACAAAUGAUCUGAAGAGGAUCGAGAGGUUCUUUAGGGAUGCGGACCAUAUUCCGAUGCAUGUUAAUGUGAUUGGCAAAUAUCUGGAGCUAUGCGAGUCUCCAAAGCAAGUUCUUGAAUGCAAUAUCUGCAGGAGGUUUGAGGUUGUAAGAAUGAUAAGAGAGGACUAUGAUCAGUUUCUUGAGUAUGCCUUUAACAGACUUGAAUCCAGUCCUAGAGUCCUGAUUAAUCUAAUAGGAAUUGAGUUUAGGCCCAAACUAGAGGAUUUUAUUCUCCAGUCCAUAGAAUUCAUCAGCAAACACAAUGACACAAAGAGGCUGUGCAUGUACUUGUGUUUCAUAAAGAUUGUUGUUGGAAAGGACUGCCUGAGGAGAUCGAUUCUCAGAAGGAUAUUUGAUGGGCUAGUGUACUUUGACAGUGAGGACUAUAGAAUCAGGUGUAUGAAGUACGAAAUACUCAGCGAGUUAUUUACACAGUAUGGCAUGAUGGAUAGGGCGAUUGAGGAUGAUGGCUGUUCUAAUAUGCCGCAUAAGGAGUGCGGUGUGGAAAGAAGAUCCCCAUCGUGUAAAGACAUCUCCAUGAGAAUAGAUACAAAUAACAUCGACGAAGAUAACGUAAAUGUGCUUGCAGCCACCGUAUGGAACGAGCUUGUGAUCACACCGGAUGAGGGAGAGCUUAUGGCGAUUUCUAUUCUACUCAAGAGAAUCAUAGACAGUACAGGGAUGUUUUAUGAGAGCAGAAUUGGUAAGUCGAGCUUUAUUUUGCAUCUUAUAGACAUGCACAAGAUAUCUAGGUUCAAUGAGACAAGAAGAAGAGUCGUAAAAGAGUUUCUUUGUUUGCUUGAAAGCAUGACAAAGUUCAGCCUCUCAAAAAAACUUCUUGAAAGGAUGUUUUUAAUUUCCUUGGACUACUUCCAUAUCUUUGAUACCAGCCACUUGAUCCAAGCGAUUAUAGGGAAUGACAGAUACUACUGCCUAUUUAUCCUCUACUGUCUAAAUAGAAGCAAAGAAAAGAUAUUGUCAAAGAAGCUUCUAGAAUUUCUCAAGAAAAGCCUGAAAGAUGCCCAUAUGCGGUAA